AUGAAACAAAAAAAAAUAACGAACAAAUGGGACUUACCAGGAUGGAAAUUUGAACCAGGGUAUUCACCUCGCACUCUUGUUGGAGAUUGGUUUGAGGAGAGAAAAAUAUUUUCCAAAGGCCAAAUGUCAUGUGUUACAUCAAAUAUGAUGGAGUUUAAAGCAUAUGAUUCUGAUUUCAAAUUACGUGAUUGGCGAUCCAUGUGGAAUAACAGAAUUGGGCAACAGAGUGGUUUUGGCUUAAAAUAUCUUCUGGAUCACCACAAUAAUGAUUACGUCACUCGACGGCUGUCAACGUACAAUUUAGAAUUCAGUUCACCGUUUCGAAUGGAAACAACAAAAUAUCAACCGCGACGAUGGAAUGGGUUCACACAACGAUGGGAACCAGAAAAGAUGGAAUUACCUAUAUCUAAGAAUAAGACGUUGUACGACACGAUACAAAAAAUGAAGACGAACCUCCGAGAUCUUACAACAGAGGAAAAAGGCAAAAAAGAGAAGGCAUUUGUUUUUCCAGCACCGCAAGAUUUGUCAACAAAAGCUCCAAAAUUUUCAUACAGGCACCACAAUAAACAAAGACCAUGA